ACUGUCCACGAUGUCCCAAAUCAACGAGAUUGCCAAAGAAUUAAAAGGAAACUUAAAACAAUUCCCUAACUUCCCUUCUGAAGGGAUCCUUUUCGAAGAUUUCUUGCCUAUCUUCAGCAAACCCGAAUUAUUCCAAAAGUUGGUCGACGCCUUCAAGUUGCAUGUUGGCGACAAAAAGGUCGACUACAUUGUUGGAUUAGAAAGUAGAGGCUUUUUAUUCGGCCCAACCUUAGCCUUGGCUUUGAAUGCUGGUUUCAUCCCCGUGAGGAAGCCUGGUAAGUUGCCUGGACCAACCUUUCAAGCUGAGUUUCAAAAAGAAUAUGGUAGUGACAAAUUCGAGAUUCAACAAGGGGUCAUUCCUGAGGGAGCUAAGGUAAUCAUCGUGGAUGAUAUUUUGGCCACCGGAGGAAGUGCUAGUGCUGCUGGAGAAUUGGUCAAAUUAUCAAAGGCUGAAGUGAUUGAAUAUUUGUUUGUAAUGGAAUUAGACUUUUUGAAAGGUAGAGAUAAAUUAGGUAAACCAGUCUUUACUUUAUUAAGCGGACAAGCUGAAAAGUUGUCCUCAUAGCUAGAAUGUUUAUAUUAAUAUAACUUAUAUACACAAAUAUGGUUAUCCACUUUUGAAUACCAAAAAUGCCAAUUCUCCAAGGUAAAAGUAUGUAAAACACCCCUGGUCAUGGGUCACAUACGAGCCAAAACUUUCACCCACAAUAACAUGCCAGCUGGGUCCAUAUAAUUGGUCCAUUUCUUUCUUCAUGUACGCAGCAAUCUCCUUUUCAACCUUGUAGUUAUCAGUUGCCUCCAGCGCAAGUUCAAACACUUUAGUCUGGAUCUCAUCGGGCAAGUCGGCGACCCUCAAAACGGGUGUUUGCUUUUCAGACAUUAUUUGAUCUUGAGUGUUUACGAUUCUAAAAAUGCGCUACCAUGAAAAACUGAUUGCGUGAGAUAUCCAGGUUGUGUCAUUUGUGAGCCUAAUUGAUAAAACUAGGCAUUAGGUUGCUUCAGCACUAAAAAAUAACUUUGAUCUAUAUCUUGGUCUUUACGUCACGCGUGAUGUUUCUGAAACCGGUUGGUUAGAGUUGUGGGUCAAAGUGGUGGGCCAAAGAGGUGGGUGCAAUUUCCAUAUCAUCGACCUUCCUAUGACAAAACCUAUAGUUAAGGUUCAAACACUCUUCCAGCCACAAUAUAACUAUAUGAUUGCAUGUAAUUUCUUCCUCGGCAAGUAUAUACUUGAAAUUACCCUGCCAGCACUGUUCGGCGAUUGUUCUCAAAAGAAAAUUAUGUGGGGUUUGACAAUUGCCACUAGAUAUUACUAACAUGUCAAAGUACGGAUUUGUUAAGGUUCCUAGAUCCAUCACCGAUGCUAUUCCCGACCCCAAACCUCCUACAAAGCAACAUGUAGUGUCACUUCCAGAUUCGAGAUUGAGCCAGUCUAUCUUAAAGUAUGCUCAAGACAAUUUACCCAUCAAAGUCUUGCGUCACUCUUUGAGAGUGUUUCAAUACAGCGUGGCAAUCAUUAAAGAUCAGUUCUCCGACUGGAAUCUUGAUAUUGAAGUGUUGUUCGUCACGUGCCUCCUUCAUGACAUCGCCACCACCGACAAGAAUAUGGAGGCAACUAAAAUGUCAUUUGAGUUCUACGGGGGAUUUCUCUCUCAUGGAUUAGUAAUGGAGCAUACGGGUAACCAAGAUUUUUCGGAGGCGGUGGCAGAGGCCAUAAUCCGCCACCAAGACUUGGGAGAGUCUGGAUACAUCACGUCUCUUGGUCUCAUUCUUCAGAUUUCUACUAUUUUGGAUAACGUGGGAUUGAACACCCAAUAUAUUCACAUUGAUACGGUGGAGGCCAUCAAUGAAAAGUAUCCACGAGACGGAUGGUUGGGGUGUUUUGCAGCCGCUAUCGAUAACGAGAACUCCAAGAAGCCAUGGGGUCAUACCAGCGCGUUGGGUGUUGACAAGUUUAGAGAUGAUGUGUUGGCCAAUUCGUUUAGCUACCAGAGUUAGUAGUAUCUAUUGUGUAUAGGUUGCAAUUGACAACUGAACAAGAAAACGUCUGAAACAUGGCCUUCAAGACUUGUAAUAUUGCAAUGACCAUAUAAAGGGACCUGAACAGCACUCAAUUGUGUUCUGUUGAGUUGAUAAGACCCUUUUUUGAUUAAGUCAGAUCUCAAU